UAAAAAAAUAAUUUCAGACAUGAAAUUCUGUCAAAUGUAAAACGCACAUUUCUGCAUUACAAUAAACUUUCUGCUGGUCAUCGCUCAAAUCUGCAACUUUCCAUUAGAUAAUGAAAAAAAACCCUUCAGGUGCUGAUGUAAGAGAUGAUAAUGACAAAACACAGAGAAACUCCUGCUGAGGCGACUCAGAUCCACGUGUUAGUGAAGAUGGCGUUUAUUAAAGAGGAGAGUGAAGACAUCAGGAUUGAAGAAGUGUUCAGUCUGAGAGAUGCUGAGGAACAAACAGCUUUAGACCUGAUAGCUCUGAAAGAAGAGACGCAAGAAGAGAAUGUGUUUUUGAAUGUGGGAAAAUCCGUAGAGGCUGAAACGUCAUCACAAAAAGAAGCUCAGACGACCAAAUCUAACAGUUACUUCACCUGCCAUCAGUGUGGAAAGAGUUUCAAUAAAAAAUAUAAUCUUAAAAACCACAUGAAAGUUCACAGCGGAGUGAAACCGUUCACAUGUGGUCAGUGUGGAAAGAGUUUCAGACAUAAAAUGACCCUCAAUGCCCACACGGAGAGAGAGCACUCACGAGAGAACGCCGUCACGUGUCGUCGCUGUGGAGAGAGUUUCGGUGGUAAAGCGAGCCUCAAAACUCAUAUGAGACUUCACGCUGGAGAGAAGCCUUUUACCUGCAGCCUGUGUGGAAAGAGCUUCACAUAUAAAGCGCUCCUCGAUUACCACAUGAGAAGUCACACUGGAGAGAAGCCUUUCACCUGCCACAUGUGUGGGAAGAGCUUCUCGCACAAAGGAAUUCUGAAGUCGCACAUGAGGAUUCACACAGACGAGAAGCCGUUCGCAUGCGAUCGGUGCGGACAGUGUUUCAGACAUAAAUUAACCCUCGAUUCACACAUGAAAACUCACACCGGAGAGAGUCCUUACACCUGCACGCUGUGCGGGAAGAGCGUCUCAAACAAAUCAGCCCUCAACGCCCACAUGAGAUGUCACACGGGAGAGAAGCCCUUCACCUGCGAACUGUGCGGGAAGAACUUCUCGCAAAACGGAAAUCUCAAAGCUCACAUGAAGACUCACACAGGAGCAAAGCCUUUCAUGUGCGCUCAGUGCGGGAGAUGUUUUGCGCACGCGGCGACCCUCACUAGGCACGCGAGGCUUCACUCGAGAGAGAGCUCGUUUUUUAAUUGUCGUCAGUGUGGACAGAGAUUCCCAGACAAGAGACGCCUUCACUGGCAUGAAAAAAGUCAUUCUCGAGAGACCUCUUUCACGUGCCACGACUGCGGAAAGAGUUUCAGAAUUAAGGGAAACCUUAAGGUUCACAUGAGAAUCCACACCGGAGAGAAACCGUACACCUGCACUCAGUGCGGAAGGGGUUUCAGACAGAACAUAGGCCUUCAGGCCCACAUGAGGAGUCACACCGGAGAGAAACCCUUCGCGUGUCAUCAGUGUGAGAAGAGCUACAAAUAUAAAAGUGACCUGAAACAUCAUUUGAAAACACGUUGUGGAAAGAAACUGCAGCGCUCUGCCCGUGGAAAGAGACUUCAGAAAAGAAGCAGUUAGAAAAAUCAUCUGCCCGUUUGCUCUGGAGGAAGCGGCUUAGUUGCGAUCAGGAUAAUAAAAUGUGUUUUUUGCCGUCACGCUUACAGAUACGCCUGAAAAGUCGUGCAGACGUGAGAUCGUAUUUGUGUUCUUUGUGUGGGAAGCGUUUAAAUGGCUCGGCAGUUUAAAAUGACACCAAAAAUACGUAUCUGUGUGAAAUUAAAGCUACAUUCACACUGCAGCAAGUUUUGUAAGUUUUUACUUGUAUUUAUGGUUACGCUUUUUUUGAUAGUCCACUUUAGACAUUCUACUAACAGUAAGUAACUUUGCAACUGCAUGUCAACUAGUCAUUAGCGUAUUAGUAGACUGUCUGCUUAAUAUCUUCUAACACUCUUAUAAACUUUGCAAGUGUAUGUCGACUUAUUCCACUAACCCUAAACCUAACCUAACAGUCUGUUCUGAGAGUCAGUAGACAUGUAGUUGCAAAGUUACUUAUAGUUAGUAGAAUGUCUAAAGUGGACAAUCAAAAUAAAGUGUAACCAUUUAUUUAUUUGUUUAAUAUCAUCUGCUUUGUUAUAGUUCAGUUGUUCUCAAAAUUGUGGUCUGUCCCAAGCAGAGGUUGCGCUAGACUUUAACAUUGUCCGUCAUUUUAAUUUUCAUAUUUUAAUAGAAUAACACAUUUAAUUGCUUUUAUUUUUAUUCACAUGUUCUUUUUUAAUUAUGAACCUACAGGACAAUAUAGGCUUAUGUAUUUAUUUUGAAGAGAAAAGAUGAGACUGUAUAGCUUUUCUUGUUCAACACCACCCCGCAGCAAUUUUCUCACUUUUAUGAACCAAUAUCGAUUCGUAAAUCCCAAUUGAUCUUUUGGUCUAUGCUGGUUGUUUUCAGUUGAUUAAUGAACAGUACAUAGUGCACCUCCCAUCCAAUAAAUAGCAAUAGUCUAGGCUUUGUGUUAUUUUUGAUAUGAAACAAAGUCUCAGAUUUGAAAUUCUGUCAUUGCAUUAGGAAAUUCAAGCAAUAAAUACCAUUUUGGUGCUCUUUAAUGUGGCAUGAUAGAUCGUUGUAGCUUCUGUGAUGCCUGCUCGCCUCAGCAAAACAUUUGUGGCGGUUUCGUUUGUGUUCUGGAUCCAGCGCUCUUCUGUUACACUCUCUCACCACCACCUGGACAGGGGUGGGAAUUACAGUUAGAAGUUACAAUAGAUCACCCUCAGUGUAAUCUGUCAAAGUGACGGACGGCCUUCAGAUUUUUCCAUCACUGAUUAAAAAAAAACAAAACAAGUUCCGUCAA